AAGCCCACAGAGACAACGAUGGGGUGGAGAUGUGUGUCGUUGUGUUUUCUUGCUCUGUCUCUCGCAAUUGUCAUCGAUGUUGAAGGCAGACGAGUUCACAACCAUGUCGGCAGCAUCUGCAGCACAUGGGGCAGAGAGCACUUCAAGACAUUCGACGGGGAUGUGUAUCAGUUCCCUGGUUUGUGCGAAUACAAUCUGGCCUCCGACUGCCACGAGACCUACCAGGAGUUUUCAGUGCACAUGAAGAGGAAGGAGAGCGAUGGGGACCCUACAGUCAGUUAUGUGGUGGUCACCAUCAACGACCUUUCAUUCCACCUCACCACGGGCCUGAUCACUGUGAACGGCCUUCCAAUCAAAAUGCCAUACUACAACGCAGGCGUACAAGUGGAAAAAAAUGCAGUUUACAUCAAGCUCCAAUCCAAAGUCGGCAUCACCGUCAUGUGGAACGGUGACGAUGCAGUCAUGGUGGAACUGGAUCCUGAUUAUGCUAAUCGUACUUGUGGACUUUGUGGAGACUUUAAUGGUGUUCCUGUCUACAAUGAGUUAAUUCAUAACGGUCGCAAAAUGAGCCCCAUUGAGUUUGGCAACGCACACAAAGUCCAUCGUCCAAACGAUGAUUGUGAAGACCCCUUUGAAGAGGAAGGUGAAUCACUGGAGGAUGUGCUGGUUUCCUGCAAGGAGUUUCAAACCACCUGUGACCAGAUGCUGCGUUCGGCAUCCUGGAGCUCCUGCACCCAACUGAUUGACCCUAAACCUUACAUCCAGGCCUGUGUGCAGGACAUGUGUGGCUGCACCAACAGUACAAGUGACUUCUGUGUCUGCAGCACACUGUCGGAGUUCUCUCGACAAUGUUCCCAUGCGGGAGGACAGCCUCCCAACUGGAGGACACCUCAGUUCUGUGCUAAACAGUGCCCAUUCAACAUGAUUUAUGAAGAGAGCGGUUCCCCUUGCAUGGAUACAUGCACAAAUCAAGAUACAAGUUCACUGUGUGAGGAUCACAAAAUGGACGGCUGCUUCUGUCCUCCUGGAACUGUGUUUGAUGAUAUUUCAAUGAGAGGGUGUAUUGCUCAAUCUGAAUGUCAGUGCAAACACAACAAAAUCUAUAACUCCGGUGAGGUUUACCGACAAGACAGAGAGGAAUGUACAUGUUUUGAAGGCAGAUGGGCUUGUAAGAGCCUUCAGACACCUGCCACAUGUGCAGUAGAAGAGGGUUCACAUGUGACGACCUUUGAUGGGAAAACCUACACCUUCCACGGAGAAUGUUACUACACCCUAGCCAAAGUGCAAAGGAAGGAUGAUGCAAGUCCAAAGUUUACCAUCCUGGUUCAGUUGGUUCCAUGUGUAAACCAGAAGUUUGACACUUGUCUAAAGAGCCUUAAAAUCGUGCUGAACAAUGACAGAAACAAUGUGUUAAUGUUCACUUCUGAUGGCACAGUAAAGCAGAAUAUGCAGACCAUCACUUUGCCAUACCACUCAGGUGACAUCAACAUCUUCCAUGCAUCAUCCUUUCACGUCAUGCUCCAGACCAGUUUUGGUUUGCAGAUUCAGAUCCAGCAUGUGCCUAUCAUGCAAGUUUAUGUCAGUUUGGAUCAGAGCUACAGAGCAAAGACACGUGGUUUAUGUGGGAACUACAACAUGAUCUUGUCUGAUGACAUGAAGACUCCUCAGGGGAUUGUGGAGGGAACAUCAGCAACUUUCUGUAAUUCGUGGAAAGCAAAUCUCAUGUGCAGAGACAGAGAGGAAAGACUUGAUGACCCCUGUUCCCUCAGUUUGGAAAAUGAGUGGUACGCCAAACACUGGUGUGCCUUACUGGUCAAUCCAGACAGCAUCUUUGCUCAAUGCCAUUCAGUGGUGGAUCCUGAGAUGUACCACAAGCGAUGUACUUAUGCCAGCUGUAACUGUGACAAGAGUGAGGCCUGCCUGUGUGCCGUCUUCUCCUCCUACGCACGUGCUUGUGCAUCAAAGGGAGUGUUUUUGACAGGCUGGAGAGAAAAUGUGUGCGAUAAAUACACAAAGAGCUGCCCAGCAACUCAGGUCUUCUCAUACAAGCAUCAGAGAUGCCAGUUGACUUGCAGAUCACUGGGCUCAAAGCAGCAGAGCUGCACUUCUGAUUUCUUGCCUGUGGAUGGCUGCUCCUGCUCUGAGGGUCUCUACCUAAAUGAAAACGGCAUCUGCGUCCCUGUGGAAAAAUGUUCCUGCUACCAUAACGAAGUCUACAUUAAACCCGGAAAGUCUAUCAGCAUCAAAGACGAGCACUGCGUGUGCACUAAUGGAAUACUUCAUUGCCGUUCUUGGAGAACCCGUUCAUCAUUAUGCCCUUCUCCACAAGUAUACUUCAACUGCUCCACUGCGACCACAGGAGAACUUGGACUGCAGUGUGCUCGAACUUGUUUAAAUCUGGACAACGAUGAUUGUGACUCCACAGAGUGUGAAUCUGGCUGUCAGUGUCCAAGUGGCCUCCUUUUUGAUGGCAAAGGUGCCUGUGUGAAAGAAAAUGAAUGUCCAUGUCAGCAUGAUGGGCAUAUUUAUGCCCCUGGAACACAAAUCCCUAACCAAUGCAACACCUGUACCUGCAAAAGUGGAAACUGGGAGUGCACAGAGAAAAAAUGUCCAGGAACUUGCAUUAUUUACGGGAGUGGUCACUACAAUACAUUUGAUAAGAAAACAUAUGGGUUUCAAGGAAAGUGUGGCUAUGUUGCUGUCAAGAACAAAUGUGGCAAUAAAACAGUUCAGGACAACUUCGGAGUCAUCACAGAAAAUGUACCGUGUGGAACUACAGGCACGACGUGCUCCAAAAUUGUCCGAAUCCAACUAGGGAGAAUGGAAAUCAAACUAGCGAAGGGUAAAUAUGAAGAGCUGGAUCUGGGACAUGGCACACAGAUUCAGUACAAAAUAAGGCAUGUCGGCUUGUAUCUGGUGAUAGAAUCUGCCAUUGGUCUGGCAGUGAUGUGGGAUCGCAAAACAACUGUUCGCAUCCUCCUGGAACCACAGCACAGCGGAGAGGUAUGUGGCCUGUGUGGAGAUUUUGAUGGCGAUGCACAGGAUGACUUUACCACCCAGGGUCAGCUGAUAGUUAGCAAUGUGUUAGAAUUUGCAAACAGCUGGAAAAUGUCGAGCACCUGCCCAGAUGCAGAAAUGAACGUUGACCCAUGUGGAGCAACGCCCAACAGACACCACUGGGCAAAAAUGAUGUGCAGCAUUAUAACUGGAAACACAUUCAAAGAGUGCCACAAUAAGGUAAAUCCCCUUCCAUAUUAUGAAAACUGUGUGAAAGACUCAUGUGCCUGCGACGCCGGAGGAGACUGUGAGUGUUUCUGCUCAGCAGUUGCAGCUUAUGCUCAAGCUUGUAAUGAGGCUGGUUCCUGCGUUGCAUGGAGAACUCCGGAAAUCUGUCCUAUCUUCUGUGAUUACUACAACAACCCAGAUGAAUGCAACUGGCACUACAGCCCUUGUCACACACCUUGUUAUAAGACCUGUUUAAAUCCAGACGGAAUUUGUAGCAACCCUAUACCCAACCUGGAAGGCUGUUACCCUCGAUGCCCGAUAAAUAAGCCAAUAUUUGAUGAGGAGACCCAGAUGUGUGUGGAGGAAUGUGAUGGUUGCUUUUAUAAUGAAACAAGAUAUGAGGAAAAUGAAGUUAUUUACAAUGUGACUGACAACUUGGGAAUGUGCUACCAUGCAAUCUGCAUUAAUACAACAGUGAUACAUGGAAAUCAACCCUGUUCUACAACAACGCCCCCACCACCUGAACCUACUACUACAACUGAAGCACCAACCACAACCACAGAAUCUACAACACCACCACCACCUGAACCUACUACUACAACUAAAGCACCAACCACAACCACAGAAUCUACAACACCACCACCUGAACCUACUACUACAACUGAAGCACCAACCACAACCACAAAAUCUACAACAGCACCACCCAAACCUACUACUACAACUGAAGCACCAACAACAACCACAAAAUCUACAACACCACCACCUGAACCUACUACUACAACUGAAGGGCCAACUACUGUUUCCACAACUUUAACAUCAUUAGGAGUUGAAACUGGUCCCACAGAGCAUCCCACAAUGCCGCCAUCAACUGAGCAGGUUAUCAGCAACCUUACAACACCUGAAACUACGCCAACAACAGUAAUCAUUCCGAGUGCCACUACAGGAUGCUUCUGUAUAGUUAAUGGCAAGCAUUAUAGGCCUGGGCAGGUAAUAUUUGACAGGGAACACAUUGGAUCAGGUGUAUGUCUCACAAUGAUAUGUUCUGAUAUUUGUGAAAUUCGCAACAAGACUGAAGCUUGUUGGUCCACACCUGCCCCAACAACGAAACCUUCUGUACCUACUUGCCCUGAAUGGAAUGUAACACAAAAUGAGACCUUCUACUUGUGCAACUGCACCAUGGCCAGAUGCAUUGAGAACAAUACAAUUGAAAUAAUUCCAUAUGAAUGUCCACCCCUUGAGAACAUCACUUGUUCCAAUGGAAAGAAACCAGUUCUUGUGUAUGAUGCGUACCACUGCUGCCAACAGUACGCUUGUGACUGUGUAUGUGAAGGCUGGGGAGAUCCUCAUUACAUAACAUUUGAUGGAUUGUACUACAGUUAUCAAGGAAACUGUACUUAUGUCCUGAUGGAAGAGAGAUUACCAAUAUAUGACUUGAAAAUUUAUAUUGACAAUGUCUAUUGUGAUCCCACUGAAGAUGUUUCUUGUCCACGAUCGAUAGUUAUUUCAUAUGGAUUGCAAGUUAUCACCCUCAUGAAUCAUAACCUUAUUGGAGCAGCGCAGUUAGAGGCACUAAAAAAUGGAGUCCGUUUGAGGCUACCUUAUUCACAAGACGGUGUUAAGGUCUUGGAUUCUGGCAUUAACUUGAUUUUGGAGAUCCCUCGUCUAAAAGUGGUCAUAACAUUUGGAAUCACUGGCUUUAGUGUCACCCUUCCAUAUCAAUACUUUGGCAAAAACACACAGGGCCAUUGUGGAACAUGCAAUAACAACCAGGAGGAUGACUGCAUGUUGCCUGGAGGCCAGCUGGCGGGAAGUUGUGCUGUGAUGGCUGACUAUUGGCCUGCAAAACACAUUUACCAACCCAACUGCGAGAUACCAUCUGUACUGCCCACCAAUACACCUGAACCUCAACCAACCUUUGCUCCAUGCAGUCCCGACUCCAUGUGUGAUAUGCUUAAGAGCAGUGUAUUUGCAGAGUGCCAUCCCUUUGUCUCUCCUGACAAAUUCUACCAAGGUUGUGUUUUUGAUAGCUGCCAUGUUUCCAACCCAGUAGUAGAGUGCACAAGUUUGCAGACUUAUGCUGCUGCCUGUGCUCAGGCUGGAGUUUGUCUUCACUGGAGGAACCACACCAAACUGUGUGCAAGUGAUUGCCCAUCAAACAAAGUUUACAAGCCAUGUGGUCCUGUAGAACAACCAACCUGUGAAGACAAUCCUAAUGAACCACCUAUGAACUUCCCUACUGAGGGCUGCUUUUGUCCUGAGGGAAUGAAACUCUUCAACAAAGAGUCUAGUAUAUGUGUUGAUAAGUGUGGAUGUCUUGAUCCUGAGGGCAUUCCUCGUGAGUUUAAUGAGAGGUUUGAGUACAAAUGCCAAAACUGCAUCUGUGAGGAGUCCACCAAGACUGUGACAUGCAAGCCGAAGGUGUGCCCAACACCACCUCUAACAAACUGCACUGGUCCAGGGUUUGUGCUUGUCAACCAAACUAAUCCAUCAGACCGCUGCUGUACUACCUUUGUUUGCAAAUGUCAAAGCAACAAUUGCCCAUACACCAACAUGAACUGUCCGGUUGGAUAUAUGCCAGUUGUCAGUGUUCCUGAGGGAAAAUGCUGUCCAGAACAUAAAUGUGAGCCUAAAAGAGUUUGUGUCCACAAGAAUGUGGAAUACCAGCCUGGUUCUUUAGUUCCUGGCAAUGUUUGUCAGGAUUGUACCUGUACAAAUAAGGUCGACCCCGGUAAUGGCCUAUUCCAGAUAUCUUGUGAGUUUCAGCAAUGUCGAGAAAACUGUGAUAUGGGAUAUCAAUAUGUGGAAACUGAUUUAGAUGAAUGCUGUGGGAAGUGUGUACAGACAAUUUUGAGUGCAGCCUCUGCUUCCAUCAGGUACUCUGAAGCAGCAGCUUCUAUGCUGCAUUCUUGCUCCUGCUGUAAAGAGACACGCACCUCCAAUCGCACUGUUGACUUGCACUGCUUGAAUGGAGAUGUGGUUCCCUACACAUACACCCAUGUGGAGGAGUGUGGCUGUGGGCACACAGACUGCACCAGACCGGCUGGACAACCUGCUCGCAGGAGGCGAAGCUUCACACUGGUGUGA